CAGAAGAAGCGUUCGUAAAAUCUCACAGCAGACGAACAAAAGGCAAAAUGGGCCGAAAACCGAAUUGGUCAAAAGAAGAAUGUCUUUUGCUGGUGCAACAAAUAGAAGCAAACAAGGCUACAAUUAAGGGGAAAUUUGGGCCCAACCUUACUUCAGAUCAUAAGAAGAAAUGUUGGGAGGAUAUAACUAACCAAAUUAAUAGUGCACAUCCUAGCAGAUCUUUGGAGAACCGAAGAACCACCGAUGACAUUAUGAAGAAGUGGUGGCUUCUCCAGUCAAACAGUAGAGAGGAGAUAGCCACCAAGAGAAAACAGCUCACUGGUACAGGUGGUGGUCCAGCUGGACCUGAAUUGUCGACAGUUGCCGAGGUUGUUCAAAACAUCCUGGGACGUGAUAACACUACCAUAAGUGGAUUGGAUGGCUUUGAUUCAUUCCCUGAACAUGCCAGUACAACAAGUGCUCCGGAGUCAUACCAGAACCCCAUCAACAUCACACCCUCGGCCAUCACCAGCGCCAGCCACACCAGCAGCUAUGUGCUGGAUGACUUAAUUCCUCUGGAAUUUCACACACCUUCAGAAGUCUCUAUAAGGGAAAAGAGAGAGAGAUUACAAAUUGAAGUGCUUGAACUCCAGAAGGAGUAUUACAGUCUCAAGAUAAAGAAAUUAAAAAGCAAAUAA